AUGCCUGAAGGACGUCAAUCUCCUCCUCCUGAGCAGCAGAGCGGUCGCCAGCAGCAAGACCCUCCUGCCUCUGGUCACGGUGUCAACAAGACCGAUGACAAGGACCCCAAGGACCAGCUCAAGAACCUCGAAUCAAACCCCAAGGGUAUCACCGAGGAUGUCCUCAAGGAGAAGUUCUCCAAGACCGAGAAAUAG